AUGGCUUCUCAUUCCGCGGUUGUGGCCGCCACAAGCCGAUCACAAGCUGAAGACUUGGCACGUUUGAGCGUAAAGCUACCCAAGAGUACAUUGAAGUCGUCUUUGGAGACCUCGUCUCGAUACUUCCUUGAAGAUCGGGAAACUCACGCCAUGGCUCAUAGCAUCAAGACUUGGUUAUCCGAGGACGAGACUCAGUUGUCAACAGGACACACCAGCUUCUGCUCUGAUCUGAAGUCUUUGGAGAAGAGCUUUGUGGCCGAUUUAAAGUCACUGGAUAAGCCACCUACAAGGCCACGGCCGAACUCUAUGGUUCGUAACUCGAUUCGAGAUUCUGUACGAGGAAGUAUCCUGCUCGGCGCAGUGCGAUACGAGGACAUGGUACCGGGUGCGACUCCGAGACAGGGCGGAGAGUUUGAGAAGCUGCAACUACAACAGUCUCGACAGUCACAAUACGGCGAUGCGGGUAUUGAUACAAGUUCAAUACGGGAGGACGGCGAAGAGUACGCAACAGGGGUGAGGCUUGCAUUGAUCAUCGUUGCGCUAUGUUUUGCAGUAUUUGUUAUGGCCUUGGAUAAUUCCAUCAUUGCCACAGCUAUUCCAAGGAUAACGGACGAAUUUCGCAGUUUACCCGAUGUUGGCUGGUACGGCUCUGCAUACAUGCUCACUGGAUCAUCAUUUCAACUUCUUUUCGGCAAGUUUUACACUUUUUGGAGCAUAAAAUGGGUCUUUCUCAGCACCAUUGGCAUCUUUGAACUCGGCAGUCUUGUCUGUGCGGUGGCACCAAACAGUAUGACGCUCGUUAUCGGACGAGCUGUUGCUGGAAUGGGAUCCGCAGGUAUACUUGCUGGAGCUCUCACCAUCCUCGCUUACACAGUUCCAUUGGAGAAACGACCAUUCUACAGUGGGAUUAUUGGAAGCAUGUGGGGGAUAUCUUCUGUUGCUGGACCGCUGCUAGGAGGCGUUUUUACAGACACACUGACCUGGCGAUGGUGUUUCUACAUCAAUCUUCCCGUUGGGGCUGUCUCAGUCGGCGUCAUUACCUUCUUCUUCCCUGAUCCUAAGCGGAAGCUGACUCCUAUGACGUGGAAGCAGCGUUUCUGGCAAAUCGAUCCAGUCGGAACUAUAACGUUCUUACCAGCCGUAAUAUGCCUCUUGUUAGCCCUGCAUUGGGGAGGUUCCACGUAUGCAUGGGACAACUCGAGAGUAACAUCUCUUCUCAUGCUUGCUGUUGUUCUCUUCCUCGUGUUUUUGUAUGUUCAGUGGCGCUUGCAAGAUAAUGCAACUGUGCCACCACGCAUCUUCAAGAAGCGGACAGUUUGGGCGUCGUCCUUGUUCGAAUUCUUCAUCGGCGCUUGCUUCCUCCUCGCCAUGUACUUCUUGCCCAUUUGGUUCCAAGCCGUCAAAGGCGCCAGCGCCGUCACAUCAGGAAUCAUGAGCAUCCCAAUGCUGGUCAGUGUCGCCAUUUGCACUGUCGGAAGUGGAGCAAUCGUCAAUCUAUGGGGUUAUUACAUGCCAUUUAUCAUAGGAGGAGCGAUUCUCAUGCCAAUCGGCUUCGGUCUCAUGUCCACGCUCAAAGUUGACUCAUCGGCCGCGGCAUGGAUAGGCUUCCAAAUUAUUGCGGGUGCCGGCGUUGGCAUGGGAAUGCAACAGCCUCUCAUCGCGGUCCAGGUUGUUCUCGACAUGGCCGAUGUGCCUACUGGUACAUCAUUGAUCGUCCUCAUGCAGUCCCUAGGUGGUGCGCUCUUCGUAGCCGCAGGUCAGACUGUAUUCACAAAUCGUCUUGAGUAUUUUGCACAGCAGUACGCACCACAAGUUGAUCAACAGGCUGUUAUAGAAGCGGGUGCAACGCGUAUCAGACAAGUGUUCACAGAGGAGACUCUGGGGGCCAUCAUACGGGCCUUUAACUCGGCACUUACCAAUUGUUUCUGGGUUUCGACGGCGACUGCGUCUGCGGCGAUUUUAGGCGCCGUGUUUAUAGAAUGGAAGAGCGUCAAGGGGAAGAAAAUUGACAUGUCGGCUGCUGGGUAA